GAAGGGGGGGGGUGCAGGAGACCCAAGGCGGGAUCCAGGCUUUGGAACGUUGGAGGUUUCCGGCCACAGAGGCAGGGCCUCCGGGGAGCCAAGAAGGGCGGGGAGACACACACAGGCGGGCAGAGACCUCCAGACCACAGAGACCGAGCGGGGGAGAGGGACGGCGGACAGGGGCGAUUGGGCUGCACAGAGCCAGCCCCGGGUGCCUCCUGCCUGCAGACUUGGGUGCUGUGAGCCCAACCUCAUGCAGGCAGCCUGGUUUCUUGGGGCCUUGGUGGUCCCCCAGCUUCUGGGCUUGGGCCAUGGGGCCCGGGGAGCCGAGAGGGAGUGGGAGGGGACCUGGGGAGGCGCCCAGGAGGAAGAGCGUGACAGGGAGGCAUUGAUGCUGAAGCAUUUGCAGGAGGCCCUGGGGCUGCCAGACAGGAGGCAGGAUGAGAAUCCAGAAGGAACCCCUGAAGACAAAGAAGACUGGUGGACUGAGGAGGCAGGCCAGGCGGAGGAAGAGACGGAAGCCACACCACUACUCUCCUCCAGCCCCAGCCCCUCUGCCACCCCCAGCCCCACCCCCACCCCUGAGGACGUGGUUACUUAUAUCUUGGGCCGCCUGGCCGGCCUGGACGCCGGUCUGCACCAGCUGCAUGUCCGACUGCACGCGCUGGACACCCGCGUGGUCGAGCUGACCCGGGGGCUGCGGCAGCUGCGGGAAGCGGCGGGCGACACCCGCGACGCCGUGCAAGCCCUGCAAGAGGCGCAGAGCCGCGCCGAGCGCGAGCAUGGCCGCUUAGAGGGCUGCCUGAAGGGGUUGCGCCUAGGUCACAAGUGCUUCCUGCUCUCGCGCGACUUCGAGGCGCAGGCGGCGGCGCAGGCGCGCUGCGUGGCGCGGGGCGGGAGCCUGGCACAGCCGGCCGACCGCCAGCAGAUGGACGCGCUGGCCCGCUACCUGCGCGCGGCGCUCGCGCCCUACAACUGGCCGGUGUGGCUGGGCGUGCACGACCGGCGCGCCGAGGGCCUCUACCUCUUCGAGAACGGCCAGCGCGUGUCCUUCUUCGCCUGGCACCGCGCGCCCAGCCCCGAGCCCGGCCCACUGCACCCGCUGAGCCCCAGCCAGCCCAACGGCGGCGCGCUGGAGAACUGCGUGGCGCAGGCCUCGGACGACGGCUCCUGGUGGGACCACGACUGCGAGCGGCGCCUCUACUACGUGUGCGAGUUCCCGUUCUAGCGGGCCGGCCCGCGGCAGUCCGUCCCACCCCCCGCCCUAGGUCUGGGCCACGCGUCCUGCGGGAACGCGCCCCCGCCCUGCCUCGGGUGAAGGUGUGUCCCCCAGGCUGGGCGUCGACCCCGGAGGUGGGGGGGGGGGCUCCUGCGGGACCAGGAUCCCUGCCUUGCCUGUCUUUCCUGGCAGCGGGGGGCACCAGGCAAGGACCCGCUCCAAUAAAGCCUUCCGGGACCUUGAGCUAACUGUGGACACCCUUUUGACCUUUAUCUCCCUAGUGGGCAGCCGCCAAGGGCAAGCCCCUGGCCGUUGGGCCAGCCCUGUCCCGCCUUUACAGGUAUUCCCGGUGAUGGGCAACACAGGUGGAUGUGUCCACACAGCCAUCCAUCCCCCCUGUGCACAGAAGCCCUGAGCGUGCACUUGCUGAUAACGCCUCCACCCCCAUGGGGCCUCAGCUCUCAGCCUUUGGGGCCCAGGGCCUGUCAGUCAUCGUUCCACGUUUUGGCCUUGGUCUAAGAGAUGGGGGAAAACCCAAAGGAGCAAAAGGCUCUGGCAAGUCCUGCAAGAAAGACCCCACAGUUUUGUUCAGUGUCUCCCAAACUUGAUUCACCAUCCACAGUGUUUCAUGAAACAUCAGGCUGUCCCCCACCCCAGGGGCAUUGCUCAGACCCACAUGGACCUAUGCAGCCUGGAAGCUUAGUUUCCUCAGUGUUCUACGCGCUGCCUGUGAGGCCAUGCGCCAGUCCCUUCCCUGCCUGAGCCCCAGUUUCUGCAUCUGAACAUGAGCGCAAUCACCCCUAACAAGUAUGACUCUGGGAUACCCCCAGGUGCUCAGAAAGUGAGUCUAUGGGAAGUGUCUGAAGAGCCACGUGCUCCCUUUCCUUCCCCACCAUCCUCCAUACCUUUAUCCCUUGGGCCAGCCUGGCACCGUGGGGACAGUCCUCUUUGGGGGGGCACUCUUCAUGGAAUCAUGUCAGGGUCUCCCCCAAUACAGGGAUCACGGCCUUGCCUCCUCAUGCGGAGUCCAGGAACUGGAACAUGACCUGGCCUUACAGCUCUAUCCCUCCCCCCUCAGCUGUGGCACCAUCUGUGUGACCCUUCCACGGGCCACCUGUCACCUGGCUGUCACCUGCCUAGGCAGAGGAACGCCACCCCUCCCUCCCUGCGAGAGCCAUUUUUCAACCUCCUUGCUAACCCCAAUGGAAUGUACAGAAGGCUAGAUGGGGUGGGUGUGGCCUGGGGGUUUGAUCCUGGCACAGAAGAUCUUACUCAAAAUGUUUGUACAGAAGGGGAGACAGUGGGGUGUGGCCUGGGGGCUUGAUGCUGGCACGGAAGAACUUACUCAAAAUGUGUGCAGCUCCGAGCUUGUUUCUGGCCUGUGGGCAGCAGGAUGUAGGGCAGCCGAAGGGCUGAGGAGGCGAACAGCCAUCAGCCUCUGUGACUGCUGGGCAGGGGCCGCUCUCAUAGCCCAUCCUCUGGAAAGUUAGCAGGCAAGUGGCGGUCACCUGGGGCCCGACCUAAAUGGCCCUCGUUCUAACCCCUUCUGGGACUUUACCCACUGGGCCAGCCUGAGCAAGUCUCCUCAUCCAGCCCCAGUCAGCCACACUGGGGCACCCUUUCUGGGCAGGGCUGGGUAUGGCCCAGCUCGUGUCCCCCACAUGCUCUGGAACGUGGAGGGGUGAAUGGGGGGUGUGAGGGGGGCUCUGCAUGAAGGAAGAGCCUGUGCAGGGACUUGCUGAGAGGCCUGGGUGUCCCCUACACGCUUCAGGCGCCUCAGGGCUCCCACAGGGUGCACCCACUGGGGCCCUCCGGGUUCCCCGGCACACACACCCUCCCAUCCCUCUCAGGACCACUGUGUGGUCAACGUCCAUCUCCUGACAGGGACAAAGUUGUGAGCACUUUGGGGGGUGGAGGUCAUUUGAAAGGACUGUUUAUGCCUCAGUUCACCUGCACCCUGCGU